UGAAAUUUUGGCGAAACCUCCCAACAUUCCGUCUACAGUUGGAGUAAUUCCUUCCCAAUAUGUUUUAGCAUCGCCGUAAAACUUUUCAUCAUCCUCGAUGGACAUCUUCAAACCGGUAGAUUAACAGUUAAAGUAAAUGUGUGGUCAAAGUCGAAACAUUUCAUGAGUAAGCUGACAAAUUGUAAAUCAACGAGGACGUUCGAAAAAUCUCUGCAAUAUGGAUAUUAGAGUGAGUGCCGGUGAAGAUAACAGAAAGAAACGAACACAAGUCGAAGAAAUAGACAAUCUUGUUUCCCCAGGAGAUAUCAUUACUUCUGAUACAGGUUUUAUGCGUGGACAUGGGACCUACAAUUCAGAAGAUGACAGAUUGCAAGCCUCGGUGGCUGGAGUAGUGGAGCGUGUCAAUAAACUGAUAUGUGUGAAACCUCUCAAAACAAGGUACAAUGGAGAGAUAGGAGACGUGGUGAUAGGAAGAAUCCUAGAAGUUCAGCAACGUAGGUGGAAGGUGGAAACGCACUCCAAGUUAGACUCUGCACUAUUGUUGUCAUCUGUCAAUCUGCCAGGAGGAGAACUGAGAAGACGAUCGGAGGAGGAUGAGAAAAUGAUGAGGCAGUACCUCCAGGAAGGGGACCUAAUCAGCGCUGAAGUUCAGUCUGUGUUUUCAGACGGCUCGUUAUCGCUGCACACCAGGAGUCUAAAGUAUGGAAAGCUGGGACAAGGAACUUUGAUCCGGGUCUCGCCCUCCCUAAUUAAGCGGCGGAAGACACACUUCCAUCAUCUUCCGUGUGGUGCCACCAUUAUUCUAGGGAACAACGGAUACGUGUGGAUCUGUCCCACAGAAAAUGAAGAGACGGACCAGACUGGAGGCUACCAGCUCAGUAUGGAGCCUGUACAGAGAGCAGACAGAGAGGUGGUUGCUAGGUUACGGAAUUGCAUCCAGCUGUUGGCUGCCCACAAAAUGCAGUUGUACGACACCAGUGUACUAUACACUUAUGAAGCAUCCCUCAACUUCACGAUUAAGGACAUUUUAAAGCCAGAGUUAGGACUGGAAAUCCUUGAGCAUACUCAGCAAAGACUAGAACUGGAGGGCACAUGAGGGCUAGCGAUUCUCCACUAUUCUCAGCAAAGACUCAAAACUAGAGGGUGCUAAAGUUCUCCCUUGUAUAUUGAUUGACAGCAGCGAUUCAUCAGGUGUAGGACCAAACUCAGCUGCUGUACAAAUCACCAGUUGUGUUCUACCUGGUGAUGGUAGAAGAAUGUGUAAUAUUUUGCUUAUCAGCAGACUCCAUCUCAUUCUCGUGUUGUAUUCAAUGUGUUGUUUUUAGGAAGCAUACAUGUAGUUUAUAUUUUUAUGAAUUAUAUUAAAUAUAUUGAAUACAGAAAA